UGCUUUGAAAAACUUCUGGCUUACAACCUAUUUUCAGGUUCUGACCUACUUUGAGGUUCUAGCCUAAUUUGUGGAGGUUAUGACCUACUUUAUGGAGUUUGUGGCCUACUUCCGUGGUCCACCUCACUUCCUCACAUUUAAUGCUAAAAGGAGGGUUGGGCCCUUCUCCCCUUCUCCCAAAUUUUUUUUAAUUACCAACGUGUCGCUCCUUCCUUUGUCGUUAAUUAAUUAUGAUCAACUCAUUUAAAUAGAAAAGUCAUCCAAAUGAAAUGUUCCUAUUGGCUGAACCUAUUGUUAGCACCAUGAAAAAAAAAAAAGUAUAUUAGCAUGCUAGUCUUUUCCAUUAAUUUGAUUCCUCUUAUUGAUCCGGGGGAAAGAAAUUGUAUAAAAAUAUCAUAAUUUAUUGUUUGGUUUGACACCCAUAAAGUAUUUUAAGUUUGGGUAAUUUUUAUUUUUUAUACAAAAAAUUUUCAAAUUAUUUUAUAUUAUCCAAACUUAUUAAAAUGUUAUUAAUUAGCCAUUUUUAUGUUAUAUUUAAUAAUUUUGUAGCUCUUAGUUACAAUACUAAAAUUUUAGAAUAUUGACUUUCAUGUGUCUCUUCCAAGUCAGUAUCAUGUUGGCAAGUCGAUAUUACUAACAAAAUUGCUAACUAUAAAAUAACAUUUACCUAAUUCUUAGUAUUUCGAUCGGUUUGAAUAAUCCCUAUGUUUGGCCCGGCUUUUAGAAGUGCUUUUCGGUUCAAAAGCUGAAGCAGGGCCAAACACCUGUAAAAGCUCGGCUUUUGAAAAGCCGAAAAGCCUUUUGUAUAACAUAAAAGCAGAAACUCCGAUUUGGAGCUUCUGCCAAAAACGGUUUUGAAAAUACAAGAUUAUCCUUACCAUAUUUUAAUUUUAUUUCAGAAAGUAUAAUUUUCCUUCAUUUAUAUCAUUUUAAAAAUAAAAUAAAAUAUAAAAGAAAUCCAACCAGAUCCAUUUUGACUACUUUUUAUUGUUUAGAUUUUUUAUUCAUAUUUUAUAUUAAAAGUCUUUUAUAGUCAUUUUACACAACCUCUUAUAUUAAAAAGCACUUCUAAUAGUUUUACAGCCAAACACUCAGCUGUUUUUUUUAAAAGUACUUAUCUAAAAGUACUUAUCUAAAAGCUCCAGCCAGCUGCUUCUGCAAAAACGAAUGCAGGACCAAACUAAACUAAUAUAAAAAAAUUAAAAAAAAGAUUUGAAUGACAAAUAUACAUUACUUUAAAUUUAUUCAAUAGUCCCCACUUCCAGCAGAUUUUUACUUUUCAGGCUGCCGCUUCUUGUGCCGCCUGUGACUUCCGACUUCAUCUGCAUCGGCUCCAUUGAUUCCAUCUCUCAUCUACUCCAACAGUUGGUCCGAUUAGAAAGGACUGACAAGUCUCAACCACCACCGCAGGGGAGAGUUGUUUCCACCCUUUGUUGGCGGCUUGGCUUAGUUCUCAAAAUCAGACGCCAUAUCCAAAUGUGGGCUCUUAGUUCUCCUCAACCCAGUGCUCAGCCGUCUCCUUCAUCCGCCUUCAUCCCACGUAUCUCCCGGAAGCUGGCCGUUUGUUUCGUAUCCUUGAAUCCUUCGACCUCGACCACAGCUGACAAUAACCAGCUUAUACAAUCUCUAUGCAAACAAGGCAACCUGAAGCGGGCCGUGAAGCUGAUGAGCGAAGAGUCCAACCCGACUCAACGGACCUACGAGCACCUAAUUCUCUCUUGCAUCCACCAAAGCUCGCUCGUCGAUGCACAGUGGGUUCACCGCCACCUCCAUGAGAAUGGGUUUGAUCAAGAUCCCUUCUUGGCAACGAAACUUAUCAAUAUGUAUUCGUCUCUUGACCUGAUUGAUGAUGCACGCAAGGUGUUUGACAAAACUCGGAAGCGAACUAUUUAUGUUUACAACGCGUUGUUUCGAGCGCUUUCGUUGGCGGGCCAUGGGGAAGAGGUCUUGAACUUGUACCGCACGAUGAGCUCUCUUGGGAUGCCUUCUGAUAGGUUCACGUAUACAUACGCCCUCAAGGCUUGUGUUGCUUCCGAGUGUUUAGUAUCGUUGCUGUGGAAGGGAAAGGAGAUUCAUGCUCAUAUUCUGCGACAUGGGUAUGGGGGAUUUGUACAUAUUAUGACUACAUUGGUUGAUAUGUAUGCCAAGUUUGGAUGCGUGGCUUAUGCUAGUGCUGUUUUCAACCAGAUGGCGGUAAAAAAUGUGGUUUCUUGGAGUGCCAUGAUUGCUUGUUAUGCGAAGAAUGGGAAGGCUUUCGAGGCAUUGAAGCUCUUCAGGGAAAUGAUGCUCAAAACAGAAGAGGAUGUAGGUCCCAAUUCCGUGACAAUGGUCAGCGUCCUUCAAGCUUGUGCUGCUCUUGCAGCCCUGGAGCAAGGAAAGUUAAUACAUGGAUACAUUCUGAGGAAUGGUCUUGAUACCAUCUUGCCAGUAAUCAGCGCACUGGUCACAAUGUACGCAAGGUGCGGCAAACUCGAAGUGGCACAACAAGUUUUUGACGGCAUGGAUAAACGAGAUGUCGUCUCUUGGAAUUCUCUGAUUUCAGGGUUUGGAGCUCAUGGGCAUGGGAAGAAAGCAAUAGAUAUUUUCAAAGACAUGAUCAGUUGCGGUAUAUCACCAAGUCCUGUGUCGUUUGUCAGUCUUCUGGGAGCUUGUAGCCAUGCAGGUCUUGUGGAUGAAGGAAGAGCAUUGUUUCAGGCGAUGAGAAAAGAGUAUGGGAUAAUUCCUAGUGUGGAACAUUAUGCUUCCAUGGUGGAUCUUCUAGGGCGGGCGAAUAAGUUAGAGGAAGCAGCUAAAUUCAUCGAUGAUAUGCGGAUAGAACCAGGGCCUAAGGUCUGGGGAUCUCUCCUUGGAUCGUCUAGGAUUCAUUGUAACGUUGAGUUUGCAGAGAGGGCGAGCACAAAGCUUUUCCAACUCGAGCCUGCAAAUGCUGGGAACUACGUGCUGCUGGCUGACACUUAUGCAGAAGCUGGUAAGUGGGACGAAGUAAAAAGAGUUAAAAAGCUCCUUGAAUCCAGAGGACUACAGAAAGUCCCCGGUCGCAGCUGGAUAGAAGUCAAGAGGCAAAUACAUUCCUUUGUCUCGACUGAUGAGUUUAAUCCUCAAAUCGAGCAGCUACAUGCUCUGCUGUGUGAAUUAUCGUCGGAGAUGAAGGAGAAAGGAUAUGUGCCGCAGAUCAAAGUGGUGCUGUAUGACCUUGGGGAAGAGGAGAAAGAGAGGAUCGUGCUUGGCCACAGCGAAAAAUUAGCGCUAGCAUUUGGACUCAUCAACACCAGCAACGCAGAGCCAAUUCGGAUCACCAAGAACCUGCGGCUGUGUGAAGAUUGUCACUCCUUUACCAAGUUCAUAUCGAAGUUUGCACGUAAAGAGAUUCUGGUGAGAGAUGUGAAUCGCUUUCACCAUUUCCGUGAUGGGGUGUGUUCUUGUGGGGAUUAUUGGUGAGAAUCAAGAUCAUUCUUUACUCUGUUUCUCUUGAGUUGCUUCUGCUUACAUUCUUGACAAAACAGAUGCCGAAAGUUUUCGUCUUUUCGGGGCAACGUGUAUAUCAGCGCAUAUACCUUACAGUUUUGAGAAAAUAAUACACCCUUAUGAGAUUU